AUGGCAACCCCAACACUCGACGGUCUAACUCCGUGCGUCCCAAACUCUCGGAUUUCUGUUACUACCUAUUGCACUGUUCUCGAUGUGUUUCAAAGACGUCUCUAUGAUAUCUGGCCGAUCAUCGAUGUUGAGGAUCUGAAAUCUCAACUGAGGGACCGAAUCAACGAUCACACUCCCCAUGCGUUGGCAGCGGCCUUGUGUGCUGCGACAUUGGCACAAAUACGCCUCUGGCUUACACCAAAUCCAUGCCACGAGGACAUCUCGGUGACAGCAGAAGACUUUGCGAAAGAGUGUCUUCGUAUUCGAUUGGAGCAUAGCUAUCAUCAGGAACCAUCACUGCAGGCGCUCGUUACAUCCAUAUUCCUUCAUAUGUACUAUGCCAAUCGAGGCCAGAUUACACCCGCUACCAUCUCCCUUCGUGAGGCAAUCACAUACGCAGAUUUGAUGCAUCUGUGUCAUACUCCUCCAUCCAAUGCAGCGCAAUCAAAACAAUGGCAAUUGGAACUACGAUGCUAUUGGAUUCUCUUCGUCACCGAAAGGACCUUUUGUAUCCAACAUGACCUUCCAAUUACACUCCACAGAACACCAAGCCUUCCAGUGAUUGAACGGAAUACUUCACAUGGUAAUCUUUAUACGGGAUUUUGUACGCUUGUACAACUCUUCCUGCACGUUCAACGGCCCUUAGUUCUACCCGCUACAGGUAGAAGAGCUAUCGAGGCGCCAGAUGUGUACUCAAAAGACAGCAUAUUAGAUAUACAACGACGGAUUCCAGUCAGAAUACCAAGAAUAGAGCUUACAUCCGAAUUACAAUAUGUGGAUAUUCUGACCACUUCCGCCUGGGUCCGCUCUUUGUUAUGGCAGUACUCUGCUUCUCGCUUCAUGCUCUCUUCAUCCACGUCAAUUGAGCCUCUCUCAUUUGACUACCCGCUAUCAAUUGCCAAGGAUUAUUUGGAGUGUCUUUCUCACGUGUCUAUUGAAUCUAUGCGCAGUCAUGGUUAUGGGAUGGUAAGAGAUUGUCCUUUGCAUCUAUUCAUAGAUCGAAAGGGCUGUGGUGCUAAUUGUGAUUUUAUUUGA